AUGACACGAAUAAACCACAACUCCUCUUCCAGCGUGCCAGCAGGGGGACGGAGGAUGAGCAGGAAGGUGGGCCUGAGCGCCAACUCCUCUCAGUUCACCCUGGAGGGGGAGCCCUUCCACAUCCUUGGGGGAUCCAUCCACUAUUUCCGUGUGCCCAGGGCCUACUGGAGGGACCGCCUGAUGAAAAUGAAGGCCUGUGGCAUCAACACCCUCACCACGUAUGUGCCAUGGAGUCUGCACCAACCAGAGAGAGGAGUUUUCAACUUCCACACACAGCUGGAUUUAGAAGCCUAUAUCAAUCUUGCUGCUGAAUUGGGAUUGUGGGUGAUUUUACGUCCAGGGCCCUACAUUUCCUCUGAGCUGGACCUAGGAGGACUGCCGAGCUGGCUCCUCCGUGAUAGCAGCAUGAGACUGAGGACCACUUACCCAGGCUUCACUCAGGCUGUCAACACUUUUUUUGACAAACUUAUACCAAAAGUGGUUCCACUGCAGUUCAAGAAAGGAGGUCCCAUUAUUGCAGUGCAGGUUGAAAACGGUUAUGGAUCCUUUGCAAAGGAUGAAAGUUACAUGCUUUUUAUUAAAGAGGCUUUACAGACCAGAGGGAUCAGUGAGCUCUUGUUCACAUCAGACAACCACAACACAUUGAAAUCAGGGGGUGUAGAAGGAGCCAUCAGAUCAGUGAAGCUGCAGAAGCUAAAUCAGAGAGACAUCCAGGAUCUGAGCUCUCUCCAGCCCAACAGCCCCGCCAUGGUGAUGGACUAUUGGACCGGCUGGUAUGAUGUGUGGGGUGACCUCCACCAUGUGCUUCCUCCAGAGGAUAUGGUGUCCACCGUGAGGGAAAUCCUAAGGCGAGGCAUGUCUGUCAACCUCUACAUGUUCCAUGGAGGCUCCAGUUUUGGCUUCAUGAGCGGAGCACUCGCUGAUCCUUCCUACAAAGCACUGGUCCCCAGCUAUGAUUAUGAUGCUCCCUUGUCUGAAGCUGGGGAGUACACUCCAAAGUACCAUCUCCUUAGAGAUCUACUUUCUCGCUACAACAGUGAGACUUUUCCUGACAUGCCAGCGCUGCAUUACAGGGAGGCUUAUGAACCAGCCAUCAUGUACCAGCACCUGUCCUUAUGGGAUGCUUUGAGCUUCACUGAGGGACCGUUGAGGUCACCCAAACCAGUGAACAUGGAGAAUCUACCUGUGAACAAUGGGAACGGCCAGUCCUACGGAUACACGUUGUAUGAGACUACUAUCACCAGCGGAGGAUUACUGAGGUCUGGAGACAAUGUCCGAGACCGAGCCCUAGUGUUUGUAGACAGAAGCUACAUUGGCCUUUUCAAGCGCCGGAGCGUGGAGCUGGCAGUUCCUGAUGGUAAGGGACGGCGUACCUUGAGUUUACUGGUGGAAAAUUGUGGACGAAUUCACCAGGGAAGGAACCUUGACAAACAACAUAAAGGCCUUGUGGGAGACAUUUUAUUAAACAACAUCGCCCUGCGGGAUUUUAAAAUAUACAGCCUGGAUAUGAAGCCCAGCUUUAUUGAUAGUCUUUAUCAGGCACCAUGGAAAACUCUUUCUGAAACUCCCAGCUUCCCUGGAUUUUUCAUGGGGAGGUUGUUUGCAUAUGGGUAUCCAAGUGACACAUUUGUGACGCUGCCAGGCUGGGAGAAAGGUGCCGUGUUUAUCAAUGGGCUGAAUCUGGGCCGCUACUGGUCCAUUGGCCCCCAGCAGACUCUCUACCUCCCCAGUCCCUUUCUCAACAGUGGAAUCAACCAGGUCAUUGUGUUUGAGGAGCAAGAGGGAGACUACAAGGUCCACUUUGAGGACACACCUGAUCUUGGCAUGGCAGCAGACAUCCAGUGACUGUCAUCACCUCCUGUAUGAACCCCUUGUUUUUGUGUAAAAAUGUGUAUUCUUCUACAAAGUGUUUCUGACAUCAUAUCAAACCUUCAAAUUCAGAGCUGUCAUCUCUUUCUAAUACAAUACCUAAAAAUCUACACCCAUUAUUUAGCCACUUCACCCCUCAAUCAAAGACCGAGUGAGACAUGUUUGUAUGGGAGCAGUUUAUAGCUAUGUACAUACAGUACCUUUAGUUCCAGUGACUCUUUACAUUUACAUUAUAGAGCAGAAUCUCCAAGUACAUCCUCUUGCCUGUGGAUUCCCAUUUAAAGAGUAAUAAUUUCCGUUUGGGGAUGACAGAUAUGUGUCUUGUGUUAGAUUUGUAUUGCCUGUGUGAAUUCUACAGAUGUGUUGGGUAGCAGGAAAAAUCUUAGCCUGUAAAACAAAAAAAACAAAACAAAAACAGGUUUAUGGGACAACAUGAGCUGAGGCAGAAGUGAUGUGAGCAGCUUUCAAAUGAAACACAAGCAGCUAUGUAGCAACAUCAGACCUUAAAGUGAAAGUUCGAGGUUUUAGAUGCUCGUCACAUCGAUGACUGACCAAACUCUGAACAGUCACAGAGUCUGAGAGAACAAUUAGUAGUUGUAAGCUGUGCCACUGCAAGUCAGUGGGGUAUGAAAUCGUCACUUCCAAGCCAGCCAUCCAUGGUGGGAAUAAUUAGACUUUGUAAUACAGCUACAUCCAGUUUUUAGAGUAAUGGCUUUAUAUCCCAUUGACUCUCACAAGCAUAGCUCACAACUAACAAGAGAAUGGUACCAGUUACACUGAAAUAAUAAAUAAUUCUGCAGAGAAACCUUCAGUUCACUGAGUUUUUUUUUUUUGAUUAGCUAAUGAGAAACCUGUGAUGUAAACAGGCCCCGAGGAAUACUGAAUCUUCUCGUACAUGCGAGUAGACCUCAGUAGUGUUACAGCAUAUCAGAAAUAAAUAAAAGCUUGAAGUAGAUGACUGUAGGGGAUGACAUUGUUAAACUCUUAAUAAAUCAGUGCUCUGUG